GCAACUGACGAAGUGCAGCAGCUUCGUCAGGCAGCAGCAGAAGCGCGGCAGCAACAGCAGCUUUGACGCAGCGUCGCGGCAACGGCGCUGCAGCAGCGGUGCGGACAUCGAGCUCAGCACGGCGGGGCCGCUCUUGCUCGCUAACGCAGCCCCGAUGGCCGCAGCUUCUCUGGUCAGCGACCAGCAGCUCCGUCGGCUAAGUGGCUAGCCUGGAGCCGCAUCCAGAGCCCAUAGCCCCUGCGCCUGCAAAGAGAAGGAGAAGAAUAAAAGGCUGGCGCAACAACGAUAACGAGUGAGGAGACGAACGUUACAUGGCCUACCGAGCAGAGGAGGUGUCAGGCGUUCGCGGCGUGCGCUGUCUGGUCACGCGCCCCUUCUACCCGCAGCAGCACCAGCAGCAGCGGCUGCAGCAGCUUCAACAACAGCCCGGAGCCGGAGCCGGAGCCGGCGUGGCAGCGGGGACCGCAGGGGGAGGCUCGGCGACUGGCAAUAAGCAGCAGCAGCCGUCACCGCCUCGGCCGCCGGUCCUCCAAAACCUCGCAUUCAUGGAAGACGGGCGGGUGAUCGUGUUGGCGGGCGGGCCGCCACCUGCUACUGCCGCCGCCCAGCAGACUGCUACAGCCGGCGGUAGCAAGGAGGAGCAGCGGCAGCAGCCUGGACCUGGGCCGCCGGGGCCGGGGGGCCGGCACGGGCCCCCCGGGUUCCGGUUGGGCCCCUCACUGCGGAUGUACUGUGGUAUCACUGGAGAGCCCUACGCGCUGUCUCACGGCGACUGCUGCGCCGUUUUCGAGCCGCUGAGCGGUGCCGCCUACUUCAGUGACGGACUGGCGCUCAUGAGGCUGGACGGAGCAGACGAGGUGGCACUGGUGGCGGGCAGUCAUGGCGAGUUCGGAAACGAAGACGGCGUCGGGCCGGCGGCACGAUUCCAGGUAAUUGUGGCCCUGGCGGUGGACGGCCGCGGCCACAUCUACGUGGCAGACCACGACGUCAUACGGCGAGUGGCUGUAGCAGGCAGCAGCAGCGCCGCCGCCGUCGCGCUGCUACAGUUCAGCGGCGGCGCUUCCCGCAACAGCGCCAACAGCAGCCACAGCCAGCAGCAGCGCGGAGCAACCGCGGCGGCGGGCGCCGGCGGCGGCGGAAACUUGGAUUCAGGAGGCGGCGGGAACGGCAACGGCGGCGGUGGCAGCGGGUCUGACUCGCGUUCCGCUGGCAGCUCCGAGUGCGGCGGUGCCGCCGCGUACGGCGUCGUAACCACCCUAACCAACGGCCGCGCGCCCGACGGGCAGUCGUGGUGGGCGCUGUCGUACGACGUGGCGGCGCACGCGCUGAUCGCCGCCACCCGUACGGAGGUCUUCCGGAUCCCGUUGCCAGCGGUUGCCGGCGGGCGGCCGCCGUCGUCGGCGCCGCGGCCGCUGGCUGGCGGCGUAUGGGGCCGGGCCGACGGCGUCGGCGCCGCCGCCAGCUUUGCGAGCGUUUCGUGUCUGGUGGCGGUUGGUGUGGAAGGUGUAGUCCUGGCGGCGGAUGCCGGGUUGCUGCGACGCAUCGACCCGCGAGGUCGUGUGGCCACGCUGCCGCUCGUGUCGGCGCCCAGCGGCAGCAGCAUUGACGGCAGCGGCGGCGGCGUCGGCGGCAAUAGCACGGGAGGCGGUGGCGGCGGUGCCCCGGCCCAGCUGCCUAAGAAGCCCACGGCUAUGGCAGUGCUGCCGCAGGGCUGCGUGGCGGUGUGCGCCGGCGGCGGCGGGAGGCUGGUGCUUGUGUGGCCGCCGCUGCCACAACUGCCGGGCUCGUCAGCCGCCGCCGGCGCCGAAGGCAAGGGUGGCAAUAAGCACCAGAAGCAGCAGCACCGGAAGCAUCACGAGCUGGGGAGCUCCAAGAGCUCUCAUCUCGCAACCAUUCCCUCAGGCGACCUUAGCACCCAUACAACAGCAGGUGCCGCGGGACGCGCCUGCGGCGCCGCCGCCGCCUCGCACGCCAGCCCCGCUGCGGCCGCCGCCGCCGCCACCGCCUUUGGCUCUCUCAUAAGCACGUCCACCGGCAGUGGCAGCAGCGCCGCAACUACUGCGCCCUUGACGCCGCUGCUUUCGCCGGCGACGUCGGUGGCGGCGCCGCCGCUGCUGGCGGAGCUGCUGUCGCAGGCGAGCGCUGGCAGCGGCGGCGCCGGCGGCGCCGUUACUGUGACGGUGCGCGUGGGUCCGACGCGGCGUGCGUUUGUUGCGCACCGCAGCGUGCUGUGCGCCUACUCCGAGUAUUUCAGGGAGCUGCUGCUGCCAUCCCCGCAGUCACCGAAGGUGCAGAAAGGGGAGCUGCUACAGCCAGCUGCUGCGGCGGGAGAGGCAGCAUCGGGAGAGGCAGCGGCGGGUGCUACAGCCGAGGCCCCGGCAACGCCUGCCGAGGCACGUGCUGAUGCUGCUGGUGCGGGCGACGGUGGCAGCGGUGACGGCAGCUGUGACGACGAGCCGCGGCAGAAGCGCAACGGCAGUAGCGGCGGCAGCAACAGCCGCGAGGCGCAGCAGCCGCAGACGCCGCAGGCAGGGCGGCGGCAGCUCACUCGCUCAUCAAGCGCAGGAGCCGCCGGCCUGGGAGGCGGCGGCGGCGGAAACCGCAACAGUCCCGACGGCGGCCGCCGCAACGGUAGCGGCGGCAGCAGUGGCGCGGCUGCGGUCGCUGACGAGCCGCCAGCGUCGCAAGCUCUGCCGCAAUCCACCGAAGGCCCGGAUCCAGCCUCUCAAGCCGGCGCUCCUGCUACAGCCACCGCCGCCACCGCAACCACAACCGCCGUGAGCCCCGAGCCCGCCCAACCACCGCCGCCGCCGCCGCCACAGGAAGUCGAACUGCUUGAGUACGACGCCGACGCGUUCGCCGUACUUCUGUCGUACAUGUACAGCGGCGUGCUGCUCGUACCGGACGGCCUCGUGCGGCCGGCGGCGGAGCUGACGUCGCGCCUCCGCAUGGCGGCGGCGGCGGCGGAGCUGCAGCGGCGGCUGGUGCCGGCGGCGACGCCGGGCACCGUGGUGGAAGACCUGCUGUGGGCAGAGAAGCACGGACUGACACAGCUGCUGGCGGCACUGAAGGCUUAUUUCUUGGAGCAUCGGCGCCAAGUGGCGGCGGCGGCGCCGGAGGCCCUGCGGCGGCUGGCACGCGGUAGUCCCGAGCUCACAGCGGAGCUGCUGCUGGCGCAGGACAACGAGGCACUGGGGCAGGGGCCGGCGCAGGGGCAGGCGGCGGGAGUGGGAGGAGGGGCGGGAGGUGGCGGUGGAGGUAAAGGAGGAAAGGUCGGAGGUGGUGGAGCGGCAGAUGGCGGGAUGAAGAAGGGGAAAAAGGGGAAAGAGGAGGGCACGGGAUGCGCGUGCAUUGUGUCCUGAGUGGGGCCCGAUGGGAGGCUGCGCAGUGGGCUGCAGGGUACCGGUAUGAAAGAAAGGGUUGGAGCCUUGUUGGAGGGGUGGUCGGAUAGCAAAAAUGGGGACCAAUAAAUGGUAGCGCUCGCUCUGGGGGCUACUGCUGAUUGGGUGUGACUUCUUUCCCUGACCAACGUGAGCACAUCGGGACACCGGAUGCAGGCUCGGCAUACGCAUGCAUUGCCGCUCGCCAACCGGGUGAGCGAGUUGCAAAGGUUUACAUAUCACUGGACCAACGAAAGCGUGGAACAAUAAAAUGGACAUGGAUUACGGUGCCGGGCAGCGGGACUGCGGGAGGCAGUGCACUGGUGUCCUAGUGGUGCGGAUGAUGUUGCGGAAGGGUGGGUGUUGGGUGGGCGCUGGGUGGAAUGGGUGCUGCCGUGCUGGGCACGGUUUGGGGCACGGUUGGAUGGGGCACCAGAAUGUUGCCCGGCCCUGCAGUAGUGUCACAGCAUGAUGGUACGCAUCCGGAUCCAAGAUCCUGCCCGCUCCGCUGAUUCCCAUCGUGAACCGGGCGGGCAACAGCAGACGGAUGGGACGUUGGCAUGUUGAAGUAUAGAGAAAGACCUGGUUGCGCAUGACUGCAUGAGGCACGAGAGGACGGAACUUGCCACACCGGUAGUUUUGGCCGUAGGUUCGGGUGGGCGCCGCAUGGGUGCAUGUCAGUGGGGUGCACUCUCGCACAACGUCGUGUUGAGGCUUUGGAGCAAUGACGCCUGAACGAAGCUCACGUGAAGGUCGCACGUAGUGACACAGGGUCGGUGGCGAGCUGUUGAGAUGUAAUGACAGGGGGGG